AUGAAAGCAAAACACAUAGCCGAAAACCAAGGUUAUCGUAAAAUUCGUAUAUAUUGCGAUAACCAGGCUGCUGUGAAAGCCAUCGCCGACCUCUCACGACACCCGGGCCAAUAUGCGUCUAGAGUAUUCGUCCCCGCCGCCAAGGCAUUCAUCGAGGGACAUCCAGAACGAUCCAUACAUAUCACCUGGACGCCCGGGCACAACGGGGUCGAAGGCAACGAAACUGCGGACCGUCUGGCUAACGAAGGGGCUAGAGUUAUCCCGACCCCAAUCUUCAAUCGCACCAUUACAUGGGCGAGAGAACAGGCCACCCUCAAGACCGUACGCUCAUGGAAGAAAGCAUGGCACGAACACGCAGAGCUCAGAGUCAACUCGAAAUACUACAUCCCCCGCCCACCUGCUCUCAAGCUACACCCGAUCUUCAAUACCAGCAAGCUGGGCAGGGACCUCGAGUGUCGCCUCGUGCAAUACCUCACGGGGCACGGACAUUACGGAGAGUACCACGCUCAAUUUCACCAUGACGUCGAUCCCAGGUGCGCCUGUGGGGAAUCGGACGAGACCAUCUUUCAUUUAACCACCUCCUGUCCCGCUACGGCGGGACACAGGGGGACACUUAGUGAGUUCUCCACCAACAUUAACGAUCCCACACUGUUUGGCUCCCUUGCAGGUCUCGAAGCAGUAGCAAAGUUCAUCGCCAGGACGGGCAUAGGUCGAAGACGAGGAGGCCCGCAGGCAGCCGCUCAAACCAUGUAG